CAUUCACUACUGUCAAAAUUACUUUGUUCAAGCAAAUCGUACAAGUAAUAAAUUACAAAAAUAUUUUUAAAAUAUAAUUGUUCUGCACAAUAUACAAUAAAAUAUAUUUAUAAGUUGACACGUGUACGGUUCAUAAUGCCAUUUAAAAGCAAUUAGUGGUUUCAUCAUAACAAACACAAGAACAUGCUUAAAAUGGUUUAGUGUGACGACGUGCGUUAAUGAACUAAAAAAAAUGGAAAAGGUGUUGUUUUUUUAAAACAAGUGAGGUGGAUAUAAUUGUCGUCAUGUUUCGCAGCAGAAGUUGGUUCGGCGCCUCUUGGGGACGCCCAAAAAACCCUCAUUCCUUAGAAAGAUUGAAAUAUUUACAUAACAUUUUGUGUAAAAACACAACAGUGUCAGAGAGUAAUCGUGGUACGUUGGUGGAGUCGCUCAGGUGUAUAGCAGAGAUAUUAAUAUGGGGUGACCAGAAUGAUAGCUCUGUGUUUGACUUCUUCUUAGAGAAAAACAUGCUUUCUUACUUCCUGAAGAUAAUGAGGCAGAAAUGUGGAGGAUCAUCAUAUGUCUGCGUACAACUACUUCAGACUCUCAAUAUCCUGUUUGAGAAUAUAAGGAAUGAAACAUCUUUGUAUUAUUUGUUGAGCAAUAACCAUGUGAACUCGAUAAUAGUGCACAAAUUUGACUUUUCCGAUGAGGAGGUGAUGGCUUACUAUAUUUCCUUCCUAAAGACGCUUAGCCUGAAGUUAAAUAACCACACAAUACACUUCUUCUAUAAUGAGCACACAAAGGACUUUCCGCUGUACACGGAGGCGAUCAAGUUCUUCAAUCAUUCCGAGUCUAUGGUCCGGAUCGCGGUCAGAACGCUGACCCUGAACGUCUACCGAGUGCAGGAUGCCAGCAUGCUCAGAUUUAUUAGAGAUAGGACGGCGGCCCCGUACUUCAGUAAUCUAGUUUGGUUCAUCGGCAAACACAUUCUAGAACUGGACGCGUGUGUCAGAAACGAUGCUGAAAUGUCUUUUUGCAGCCAUCAGUCGCAACAGAAGCUGGAUGAUUUAGUUGCUGAACAUUUAGACCAUCUCCAUUAUAUUAAUGAUAUUUUAUGUCUGAAUAUACCUGACUUGAACGAUGUUUUGACGGAGCAUCUCUUACACAAACUGCUAGUGCCGCUCUAUAUAUAUUCACUGACAUCAGAAAGUGUAAGACGACUGGCAGCAUCGUCGCCUUACAAUAGAGAUCAUAUACAAAGUAUAGAAGCUAUAACAAGAAAUUUAGAAGCCAUAUUAAAAGGAAAACACACGGAAUCGCCGUCAAGAAUGACUUUUCCUAGACAAAGAAUGGAAUCUGAGGACGAAAUGAAACCGUCCGUAUCGUGCGUAGUCUCCCUGUUUUUGUUAUCACAAGUAUUCCUCAUCAUUACUCACGGCCCGAUUGUUCACGCUCUGGCCUGGAUCAUAUUACAAUCGGACUUAUCAGUUUUCGAGGACGGCGCGACAAAGAUACUAGAGAUGUAUAUUAGCAAUGCAAAGUCCAAUGUGAAAUUAGAGUUCUCCAAACCUCAAUUAAGCUUGGAGAAGGCUUUGGAAAAUACGUCAAGUGAGAGGGAUUACACGACACCUGAAUACGGUGGUCCGAAGACUUUCGGUUACGAUACCGAUCAAUCGAGUUGCGAUCUCGAUCCCGAGUUAGUUUCGACUUCCCUUCCCUCCACAUCUCAUAUAAGUGAGUCGUCAAGCAUCGGUCACGAUUCGACCGAGGAUUUGGUAACUCAAAUACAGCCUGUCAAAAGUAUGAGUGCGACGACUAUCAAGGAGAACAUGCCAGACUCGCCUCUGCCCGAUUCUGGCAUUGACUCGAGUUCUUCGAAAACGAACGAAUAUAAUAACAUAACUGAUGAAGAAAAACAGAAGCUAUUAGGUGUGAUACCGACCACGUCUGCUGAAAGAGCUGUGACCUUAGAAAGUCUGAUAGAAAGAGAAAGUAGAGAAAUAGAGAAAAGGCCUUUCUUAAAAACUAUACUAGACUCCUUGGACUGCAGUGAGAAUGAUUACAAAGCGUUGUUCGCUCUCUGUCUGCUGUUUGCAUUGAUAAACAAUAAAGGUGUGAAUACAGAACUUCUAGAUACGCUUUUGUGUCCUGAAGAUGAAAUAACGUCAAGUACACAGGAGUCAGGGGCUGCGUCGACCGUACCGCCCUCUGGCGACACACAAAUGUCAUCGCCGCCACCGAAACGACCACUGCAAAGUUUUAAUGCCUUACUCAUUUCGAAGUUGAUGGCCAUUACGAACUUGAGUUGUAAACCGGCAUCCAAAGUGAGACUGGUAACGCUAGAGUUGAGCGUAACCCUGAUGCGCGUAGCAAUGUGCGGAGCGGGGGGCGGGGCCAGCGCUCGCCACGCCCCCGCCGCGGACGCGCUACGGGCGCGCGCAGCGGCCCUCGCGCGUAACUUUUACAAAUGCGACGAUAUAUUCCUAGACAUGUUUGAGGAUGAAUACUGUGAAACUAGCAAGCGUCCGUUAAAUGUGGAGUGGCUGUGUAUGGACGCGGCGAUAUUGCUGCCUCCCACGCGAACACCGAUGUCGGGCAUCGCGUUUGCUAAACGGUUGCCAAGCGGAGAGAUGGAGCGAGCGCGUCGAGCGAUACGCACGUUUUUUCUAAUACGGGACUUAUACCUUAAGUUAACGGGGAAGUCUGAAACACAGUUACCGCUAUCGAACCCGGCGCCCUUCGUCCAAGUCGGAGACGUUUUGGACCUGAAUGAUUCUGAUCUCAUUUCGUGUGAUAUAAUACAAAAGGACGGGACUUGGCAACAUCGUUUCUUGGCCGUCGACCACAUACAGAUUAUAUUGGUCGAGCCCGACAAACAACGGCUUGGUUGGGGCGUCGCGAAACUUGUUGGAAGUCUACAAGAUUUAGAAAUACAAGGUGACAAAGAGGACCCCCGCUGCCUACACCUGACUAUUCACAAGCCGCGCGUCGGGGCCAGCGGGGCGUUACCACGUACUGUGCUAUUGCGAGCCAAGUUCAAGUUCGAUGAUCAUAUCCGAAGCAUGGCCGCCAAACAGAGGCUUACAAAGGGUCGCACAAAAUCUCGUCAGAAGAAGAUGCAGCAGAUCGGUCGCCUGCUGGAGGUGUCGGGCAUGUGCGCGCCCGCGCUGGCGCCGCGCCACCGGCCGCUGUUCGCGCGGCCCGCGCUCGCCACGGUGCGGCGGGCCACUGGUGGCGAUGAUGACACGGAGCGACGGCUUCGCAGACCCAGCGGACACAUGCUGAAGGAUGGUAUCGUCGUCUAUAGAGAACGCACAACUAGCAGAGAGAGUAGUGUAUCACGAAGCAGCAGCGCCCAAGGGUCACGGGAAGGUUCGCCGCGGUCGCGCUCCGAAGAAAUCCCAAUGGAAGACAUCAAACGGAAUGCCGUAGUUUCCAGCUUAGCUGCCACGCCGGUUGUACAACAGAGCCAGCCGAGCACAUCGUCCCCUCUGCUGAAAGCCAACAAUUCGUCUGAAGAGACUUCGUUCAUUUCGAGCGAGCCAUCACGACCCAAACGGAAGGGCAUCGUCGAGACCAUAUGAUAUUAAGUCAGCCACGCCCCACGAGACUAGAACGCUAAACCAGUACACUUCAUACUGUCAGUAAACCUCGAUCUAACCGCAUGGCUUCAAACCUACUUGGCUCUCUACAAUCAAAUAAAAGUUGACAGUCAAUAAUUGCGCGUUGUGAACGCAAGAUGGCAGCACUCAAAUAAACUGAAUGGUCGACAAUGUGGAUGCGUGAUGGAUUUGGUGGUUUAUAUAGAUUUUGACUGCUAUAAGAGAAUAGAUGAUGUCUACGAUACUGAGCAGCGGAAUGUUGUAAAGGAAAUGAGAUGAAUUUUGACGAAAUAUUUUGUUAAAAUGUGUAUUUGGUCACGAUGCCUUCCUUCUGAAAGUAUGUCCAGAAAAGUAAAAGCUAUGGGCUGAAAAUAUAUUAUUUAUUUGACCAUAGCAUGUGAUUUGUACCUAAUUUUACUCACACUUUUUUUAAGAAAGUUUAUUAUUUUGAUCUCGAAGCGAACCCAUAGUUUUUACUUACCUGUGACGGUCUUUGUAAAUUUGUGUAAUAUGUCAGUUAGUAAAAAGUUAUCAGUCCAAUGAUAUUGGACCUUAAAUUUUAUUUAUUUACAAACAAACUUACUUUUUGGCUCUGUGAUAAUUUACGGUUGAUAUGGAAUGCUACGAAAAAAAUAAGUUGGUACGCGCGAAUGAUUAUCCUAUGGAGUAUUGUAUAAAUAUUUUAAAGUAGAAACAGUGCAUCGUUUCUCUAUUUGUGACAAUAACUCCGUUUUCUAGGUUAGAAAUAUGGCAUGCCAUGUGCGAGGAUUAACAAAC